CCUUUCACACCACACAAACGCCAAGUGACGGCACCGCAAUCAGAUUUGAAUUGCGUCUAUACAUUAUAUGCUGUAAGCAAUCAGCACUUUCUCGGAACAAUAACCCAUCACUUUCCGAUUGGAUUCGCAUAUUGGUAUAUACGCCCAUCUGAUUUGCCUAUCACGUUGCACACUGGAAGCCGCUGCUGCAGAAAAGAGAUAAAGGGAAGCAUAAAAUUAUAUUACUAUAUGUUCUGAUUAUAAUAAAAAUAAAAGCACGGAAGCACAAUCGCACGCAAGAUGGCCAGCUCAUUCCGAAUCAAGCUCAAAUUGGGCGGUAAACCAGGACAAGAACCAUCAACCAAACAAUCACAAGAAUCCCCAAAUCGAAACCUGAUAAGUCCAUCUCGAUCGAAUUCUGUAUUUGAACGUGGAAGUUCUGCAAUCGAAGGUGAUGGCAGUAGCCUGUUAAGCGAAGAUAUCGCAGACGAAGAAGAAGAGGACGAAUUGGAAGAUUCUCCACCACCGCCAGAUCAACAACAAAUGAAUCAAAAUGCACAAGGAAAAGUACGUAAACUUUCAGGAGCAGCAGCGAUGAAAGCAGCAAACAGUUUAAAAAAAUCAAAAGGUACAACAAGUUCGGCAGGUGGAACACCUACUGCUACAGGUUCUGAUCGUGAAGCAUCAGUUUCAACCAGUAGAAGAGGAUCACAAGAAGUUUCACCAACACCUUCUGGAUCGGGAACAUAUCGAAAACGUGCUUCUUUGACGAAUGAACAGGGAAAGACGAUCGAUGAGAUGAGCAUGGCAGAGAUUGAAGCUUUACCUGCUGCCAAGAGGAGAAAGGGGAUGAAACUGCGUGGAGCUGCAGGACCCGGUAGAGGCUGGAGAAAAGGUUUAAAGAUGGACAUGAAGCCGGUCUAUCGUGCACCGGGAGAUUCACCUCCUGCUCAAGUUAUUCCCACAACGCCUUCUUCGUUUGCACAAAAGCCAAAAUCCGCUCUUGCAAGAGACGCUCUCUCUAAAGCCAAUACGCCAAUGCGAUCUGAAUCACCCAAUGGUGAUUCUUCUGUAGGCGAAGGAAGUCGACAUUGGGAGGAUAUUUCGGGAUCUGUUGGAAAUACGAGUAUGGCAGAUGUGAAGCCAAGCAGAGUAUAUCCUGCAUCUAGUGCCGCUGUUGCAGCACGAAAGGCAAGAGCGGCCGGAUUGGCAGGUUCGAUGGAUGCAAGACGAGAAAGUGGCUCAAAUGCAAACACACAUGCAUCAACACCUAAUCCCGUUUCUGUACCUACCAAACAAAGUGUACCAACAAUGCAAGAAGAAGGAAAAGCAAUAAGAGCAAUCAUACGUGGAGGACCACCGGUUUUACCACCGCCAAAGAUUCCGAUCGGAUUUGUGGUUCCUAAUACGAUUGAUAAACAAACAACUUCGAAAUUUACACGGAAAUGGCAAAGAAGUGGACGGGAAAUUUUGAGCUUAGGUGGAAGAGUUUGGAGUGCGGUUAGUUGGAUAAGUGAAGAAUCAAACAAGUUUCCAACUAGUGCUGAAAUGAAAGCGAACGCUUCGUCAACAAAUGUCAAUAAUGCUUCUUCAUCGGCCACACAUGCACAUGGAACGAGUACGCCUGCUUUGACGGGUAUGAAAUCUGCUUUGGCAACGGGAAAUGUCACACCUGCAAUCACUUCUCGUGCUGCUUCACCUGUACCCUCAAACGGUACCCCAGGUGAUCAGACAGGCAGAAGUUCACCUGUAGCCUCAAAGGGAAACUUGGCUCCUCCGCCCCCACCAUCAGCAAUGUCCAGGCAUCCUUCCAAUUUUGGCAAACAAAACAGUUCACCUUCCAGUUCAGAUUGGCGAGGUAGCUCAGCCGCAUUUGCAGCAGCCAAUCGAGGUCGAUCUUAAAGUUUUGUUCUCACACAUGUAUCCCUAAUCAAUUACACACUUUUCUCACUAAAUUUGGAUCAUUUGAUUGAUAUUAAAAGCAGCCAGCGUCAAAAUAAGUAGAAGAAAGGAGUGGUUGUACUGUUAUGAGCGGCGCGCGAUGCAUGCUUGCUGUUAGGUAUGAGGAGUGCAAACAAGCAUUGCGGUGAGGUAUGUAAGUGUGUGUGUCUGUGUG